GAAGAAGAGGGAUAGAAAAGGAGUCUUGGUGGAGAGGGAGGGGCUUCAGGGCAGGAGUGUCUCAGGCUCCUCCUGGAUAGAGCUGGAGGAGGGCAGCCGGGACCUCCCUCUGACAUUCAGAACAGACCCGGGAAGUCACUGGAAGUUCCUGCGAUAUUCAACAGACUGAGGGCCUAAAAGGGUGCCGCUUCCAGUCUUUCCCUAGAGAUUUGACAUGCGGUGGCCGCUGAUGCUGCAGCUGCUGCAGCUCCUGCUACAACUGCGGAUGGUGCAGAGCCAGAGCCUGGAGGGGCGUUCCCAGGAGACUAUCCCCCUCUUCCGACUCACUCAGCAGGGAGUCUGGGACAGCCUCGACCGCCGCGCCACCGACUCUCCCUGCGAGGGGCUCCCCGCCGCGGGAACCACCGCCCUGAACCUGGCGAACCGCAGCCUGGAGCGCCUGCCCAGCUGCCUGCCGCGCACGCUGCGCAGCCUCGACGGCAGCCACAACCUGCUGCGCGCCCUUGGCGAGCCUGUGCUCGGCCGCCUGCCGGAGCUGCGCGUGCUCACGCUGCACCACAACCGCAUCUCCGUGCUGCACUGGGGCCGCGGCACACCGGCCGGGCUGCGUGAGCUCGACCUCAGCCACAACCUGCUGGCCGAGCUGCCGCCCUGCGCGGCGCCUUCCGGGAGCAGCCUGCGCUCGCUGGCUCUGGCCGGGAACCCACUGCGGGCGCUGCCGCCACGGACCUUCGCAUGCUUCCCAGCGCUGCAGCUUCUCAACCUCUCCUGCAGUGAACUGGGCCACAUCGCCCCGGAGGCAUUCGCUGGGGAGGACGGUGGGCCCCUGGCGGCGCUGGAGCUCUUGGACCUGAGCGGCUCGAGCCUAGAAAGAGUUGAGUCUGGGUGGAUCAGAAAUCUGCCAAAGCUCAAAUUCCUCUACCUGAGAAAGAUGCCCAGGCUGAAGACACUGGAGGGAGACAUUUUCAAGAUGACUCCCCACCUGCAGCAGCUGGAUUGUCAAGGAUCCCCGGCACUUUCUUCUGUCCACACAGAGAUCUUUCAAGACACACCUGAUCUACAAGUCCUUCAGUUCCAGCACUGCAACUUGAGUUCCUUUGGUCCGUGGACUGUGAAUUCCUCCCAGGUCUUGUCCGUCAGCCUCUUUGGCAAUCCUCUCACUUGCAGCUGUGAGCUGGCUUGGCUUCUCGUGGAUGUGAACAAAACUGUCUUACACAGGGCAACAGAUACCAUGUGUGAGCCUGCUUUAGGAUACAGGGGCCCCUUCUCAGGUCCCCUCUCCCUCCCCCACCUGUCUGACGUGUGCAGGUCAGACCAAAGCACCACCCUCCUGGCUUCAAACCCACUCCACUUCGAUCAUUCCGUCUCUGCACCACGCACACAGGGGCCUUCCACUGGGCAGAGCAUGGCCCUGUCUGCUCAGCCUGGAGGAAGCCAACAAAAUAUCACCAAAGUCCCCUCCCUCACCAUAGCUUCACCCACACAAGGAUCAAAGGAAAGCGCCCAGUCCACUACUAACUCUGAGGCAGUUAACAGUCCUUCCGGGGCUCUGCCUGGUGCUGCCAGUUCAGGGGCAGAGCAGAUUGCCACACAUAUCCUUGAGCCCAGUGUCUCAUCUGCCUCUACCCCGUUAGUCAGCAAAUACCUUGAACCCUUGCCUACUUCACCAAAUCCCAGGAGCGUAUUUCAGACCAACCAGAAGACACACGCCACCCCCCAGGCUCUCCACACAGAUCCUCCACAGGACGAGAUCCCAGUUUUGCUGUUAGAUGACAGCGAGGAGGAGGAGACUCAAGACCAGGUGGCAGCCCCUCUGCAGGAUGGCUCCUGUGAUUACCACCCCUGCAAGCAUCUACAGACCCCAUGCGCAGAGCUGCAGAGGCGCUUCAGAUGCCGCUGCCCUGGUCUCAGUGGAGAGGACACCAUUCCAGACCCUCCCACGCUGCAGGGGGUGUCUGAGGUGACUGACACAUCAGUGCUCAUCCACUGGUGUGCCCCCAACUCAGUGGUGCUCUGGUAUCAGAUCCACUACUUCACAGAAGGAGGAUCUGGGAACCAAUCCAUAAUGGACAUCUAUGCCACUGCCCGACAGCACCCCUUGUAUAAGCUGUCACCAGGUACCACCUACCGUGUGUGUAUACUGGCGGCCAACAGGGCAGGCCUGAGCCAACCACAGGUCUCAGGUUGGAGGAGGUCAUGUGCCACUUUCACAACCAAGUCCAGCUCCGUGGUCAUCUUCUGGGGACUGUGUACCGCCAGUGCCCUGUUACUGGUUAGCACACUGGUGCUGUCUGUAUGUCUCUGGAGACAGCGCUGGAAGCCACACAGGCAAUUCUAUGGCACACACCUGGUGGCCUUCAAAAACCCAGCCAGAGCUGAGGAAGUAACUCAGUGGUAGUGAUGUCCUAGCUUGUACAAGGCCUUGGGUUUAUCCCCAGCAUCCAAAUCAGACACAUUUGAGGCCUUGAGUUUACUUCCAGCAACCAGAUAAAGCCAGCCUUUGACCAUGCCGAGGCUCCAAAACUUCAAUUAUCCCAGCGUCUCCCCUUCAAAACACAUCUGCAUGAAUCAAUGUUCUGAUGCCUAAAGAUAGCAUGAGCUCCACGGUCCCUGAAACCACCACAUCUCAGGCUCACAGCAACUGCACUGCGUCCUCCUCUGUGGAAGGGAUGAGUGUCACCCUCUUAUUGUUGUUCUCACUAACCUGAUGCCAGUCUUACUGGCUCCUGUCAUUCUGUGACCUGCUUCAGGUGGGUCAGUACUCGGUACAUACCCCAGUACCAGAGGGAUACUGCUCGGAAGGAAGGAGAUGGGAUAACAAAGGAAGCAGUCGUAAUAAGGAACGCAGCUUCUUUUGGAAAUGCCAUCUCUAAGUUUCUUGCACAAAUGUUCCCUUGUGACCUCCGAUUUUAGCACAAUGAGUUCAGUUGGCCUUGAGCUGAUGGCCAAGGGAAGAGCUAUCGUUGGUUUUCUAAGGCCUUCUGGAUUCUUACUUGUAUUUCAGGGUGUGUCAAAACAUGUAUGGUAAGCUUCACAGUUAAAUUGGCCUUCUGGUAACACUUGGGAGACACAGGGCAAGGUUAUUUGCUUCCAGGGCUUUCUGUAUUUCACCCAAGACUCAAUAGACAAAAAUAAAAUGACCUUCUGCUGCUUAGACAGGCCUUACUGUGCAGCCCAUGCUGGCCUCAACUCAGAUCCUUCUGCUUCUGCCUUUCCAAAUGGUGGGAUUAUAAGCAUUUGGAGAGGAGGCAAAAUUGAACUCACAACAGUGCUUAUUUCUAUUGUAAGGAAAAGUUGUUUGAAUCCAUCUCUCAUCUUCAGAACAGGCUGCAGCACAAACAUCUUGCUGUAGACAGCAAGCAUAUCAAGGCUGGACCUGAAUAUGAAUCACACUAUACAUUUCUAAGUGGGUAUCGAAGCGUGUUUUCAACAUUCUAAACUGUAUCCUUAGUCUCAUCAAAUAUAUGCCCAAGAGAAUUUGAAAGACUCCUCCAGAUCCCGCUAAAGAGGAACGGGAGUGGGUGCAGGAGCACCCUCAUAGAGCAAA